AUGAAGAUGAAGAACAACAAAACACAGGGAAUACCAACGACAAAUAUACCAACUUUUCAGACAUGGGGCUGUGAAGAUGAAGAACAGAAUGAAGAAUCAAACACAAAUAUACCGGAUUUUAAGAUUUACGACUAUGAAGAUGAAGAACAGGUGGAAGACCAAAGUACAACUAUAUCAAAUUUUAAGAUAUUAGAUUAUGAAGAUGAAGAACAGGAGGACGGCCCAAGGACAAAUAUAUCAACUUACCAGAUAAUGGACUAUGAGGAUGAAGAACAGAAUGAAGACCAAGACUAUGAAGAUGAAGAACAGAAAGAAGAACCGAGGAAAAAUAUACCAAACUAUGAAGAUGAAGAACAGAAAGAAGAACCGAGGACAAAUAUACCAACUUUUGAGAAACAGGACUAUGAAGAUGAAGAACAGAAGGAAGACCAAAGGACAAAUAUAACAAAUUUAGGACUAGAAGAUGAAGAACAGAAGGAAGACCCAAGGACAUAUAUCAAGUAA